GCGGGGUUCCGGCGGCCCUUUGCCUGAGACAUCAAUGGUUGACAAAGGCAUGACUGCCAUAUUAAGGCCGACGCCGCGAGCUUCCAUGUCAGAUAUACUAUAUAAUGGCUGUCCAACGAGGGACAGAGAAACAGGAUCCAGCAUGUCCAACAAGCCUUCUGUGUUGAUCGUCGGCGCAAGUGGUGCCCUCGGGCAACCCUUGACACAGGAGUUCAUCAAACAACGGGAUCGGAUCGGUCGUCUUGCGAUUCUGUCUGGCCCGGCGAAAGCGCAUAGAGUGGAGGCCGCUCGAGCUGCAGGCGUCGAGAUCGUCCUCGGGUCGCUGAUCGAUCCUAAAUGCUAUCAAGGAAUUGACAUCGUCUUCUCCCUGGUGGGGGAUGCCACCAUGCGCUUGCAGCCUGCGAUCAUCGAGGCUGCUGUCGAGGGCGGCGUGCGCCAUUUCUAUCCCUCCGAGUUCGGCACGGACAUCGACCAAGACCACGUCUGGCCCUUCCGUUACUUCCGGGAUAAGCUCGUCACCCGAGAUCAUCUUCGCGCGACAGCGAAAAAGGUCCCCGGGUUCCAAUAUACUCUGAUGCUCGUGGGCGCUUUCACCGAGUGGUCGUGCUCCUCGUUCAGCGGCUUCGAUUUGGAGAAACACACUGUGGAGGCAUAUGGGUACCCGGAGGCACAAGUUUCGGUCACAGCUCUGAAGGACAUCGUGAGGUAUGCCGUGGACUCGAUCUUCCUCCCGUUUCCCAAGGAUCACGCCAUGCGUGAGAUCCGCGUCCGGGGCGACCAUGUCACGUUCGCCGAACUCAUCAAGACCCUCGAAGAGGUCCAGGGCGUCUCAUACACCGUUUCGUACAUCGACCCAAGCGAGGCUGCAGCCAAGCAAGAAGCAGCGCGCAAGCGAGGAGAGGAAUCGGAAGAAGUGAAGUGGGCUGGGAAAACGAUCUGCCCAACAGGAAGAGUCACCGUUCCGUUUCCGAUUGAUAACGACAAGUUCGAUUUCAGACCGGAGAGUCUAAAGGAGACGUUGGCGCGGUUGUUUGCGACGAAAUAGCAGUUUCUGUAAAUCUUGUGAAGUUACGACUGUCCAUUGCUACCAAGACUCGUAGAUCGACUCUCACUCCACUCAAUACAGCAGGCGAAGUAGCUUGAUCC